GGGAUAUACCGCUCGCAUUAAAGAGAGAAAGAGAAGCCAAAUAAAUAUGAGAUGAAUAUACUACUGCUCCCAUUGGUAGUCAUAUGUGGCUGAUUAAGAGCUCAAAUUAGUGCUUAUAGUAUGAUCCAUUGAGUAAAAUUCGAGAGCCAAGUCAACGUUGGUAGAUAAAAAAAAACAUAUUGGAAAACUUUGGGUAUUAAAAUGAUCUUAAAUAAACUUCACCCAUCCUCCGCUCGCGUGGGUCCCAUGUCGGCACAGACGAAUGACGUCUCUCUUUCCUAAGAUAUAUUAUCCAGCUGGUCUCCCCAAAAUCUUUACCUGGCCAUCCUUCCUCCACGUGUCCUUCUCCCUCCCCAAUUUAAUUGCAAUUUUCCCACCCUCCUCUCCUUCCCAUUUUCUCGCGCAACCACCAAUUUUCUCGCUCGAUUUUUUUUCCCCUCCCUCCGAUCAGACAGCUCGUGCGGCGAACCCAAAACUAAAAAAGAUCGAAACUGUUUCCACUUCCCCAGCUGCUUCAAUGGGAACCCAAAUUGAAAUCUUCAAGGCGACUUCCAUGGCGGCCGCAGCAGCAUCGGCCGUCGUCGGCGGCGGGUGGGGUGCCAUGUCAGCAAAGCGCUGCGACAGCUGCAAGACGGCGGACGCGACGGCCUUUAGCCGCGCUGAUUCGGCCUUCCUCUGCCUCCCCUGCGACGGAAGGAUCCACUAUGGGAGUAGUAAUGGCAGUAAUAACAAUAAGCCCGUGUCCAGACACCAGCGGGUUUUGAUGUGCGAUGUCUGCGAGCAGGCUCCGGCCGCCGUCACCUGCAAAGCCGAUGCUGCAUCGCUCUGCGUCACCUGUGAUUUGGAUAUCCAUACGGCGAAUCCGGUCGCACGCCGCCACGAGCGCGUUCCAAUCGAGCCGUUCGUCGACUCUGUUUCCGGCGAGGUUGGAAACAGAGCAUACUCUUCCGGAUUCGGUAUCAUGGUUCCGAAGGGAAAUGAAGGUGGGAACGGUGGCGGAGGUGGGUGUGACUACGACCAUGAGGCGGACGGAGUUUCCUGGAUGCUUCCCGGCGGCAUCGUCGGCGCCGGAUGUGGGUUAAUUCCUCAACUGAAUCAGAAACUUGGGGAGCGCGGGAAGUUCUCCGGAGGUCAGUUUUUCGGGGAGAUGGAUGAGCUUUUGGAAUUUGAGUAUGGAAACCCUUUGGAUGGGAGGUUUCAGCCGAGCUACAGCUGUGGUUCCGAUGGAGUUGUGCCAGUGCAGAGCAAGCCGCUUCCACUGCAACUGCCGGCGACUACUCUAGGCCAUCCGAUUCUAUUGACGGGCCAUGAAAUUGGGCUGGAAUUUGAUUUCUCUGGGUCGAAGCUCUCUUCUUUCAGCUACCCAACUCAAAGCUCCCUUAGCAAUAGUGUUUCAUCAUCCUCCCAUGAUGCCGGAAUCGUGCCAGACGGGAGCUCGAACUCCAUGUCCGAGAUUUCGUUCUCUUUCGACCAUCCGAAUGUGCCCAUCUCGAGCGCUCCAACUACUGCGAACCCGAAUCAUCACCAGCAAGCUCCCGCCGCCCAGCAGCUCUGCGGGCGGGACAGAGAAGCCAGGGUGAUGAGGUACAGGGAGAAGAGGAAGAACCGGAAGUUCGAGAAGACGAUUCGCUACGCGUCUCGCAAAGCGUAUGCCGAAACCAGGCCGAGGAUCAAAGGCCGGUUCGCCAAGCGUUCGGAGAACAACACCAUGGAACCAGAUUUCGAGAGCUGCCUCUACGGCUCUGCUGCUGUUGCUGCUGCUGCUGCAUCUCUCUCUUUCCUCGGCGACAUUGAUAGCCCGUUCGACCUCGUUCCAUCAUUUAGAUGAUGAUGGAUUGGUUAAUGGCGAUAGAUGAAAGGGAGUAUAUAAUUACUAAUCUCCCGAUGCAUACAUAAUCCUUUCACAGUGUUGAUUGCUAGUGUGGUGUAAUUGGUUCAAAGACUAGAGAUGAUGCGCUUCUUUUUAGUUUUCACAUUACUCCCAACUCUUAAAGCUUCCCGUUUAGAGGGGCAAUGAGUGACUCUGAGGUCGUGUAGCGAAGGAGGACUCCGGUGGCACUAACAAAUCUAUAAGGAGUGAAUUUUUUCCCCCUUUUCCAAAAUGCAUGAGUUAUUAAAUAAAUCUCUCAUUUAUACAUAAAAAAUUUCCAUAAUACACAAGUUUGUCG